AAGCGUGUGACGUAGGUUUGUUGCGGCGCCUCGUCAUAUCCGGAAGUGUCUAAUUCUCUGAUCAGCAGCUGCAGCCGCAGCUAGCAGCGGCUAACCCGGAGCUCCGAGCAACAACAGAGGGACAGCGUGACAGACAUACAGAGUCACAGGCUCUGCGUGUCGGUGGAUGGAAGUGUGCAGCGCCACCAUGGGACCAGAGAGAGUGUUACCGAGCUCCGAGGACGAGCUGGGAGAGGAACGUCCGAUCGAUGGAGCGACACCGCCACCCCCAGCAGGGGGCGCUGCGUGGAGUGGGGGAGAGGGAGGGGGUGAGGAGGACGAGGGGGAGGAAGAAGAGAACAAUGGGGGGUAUUAUUACCAACCUCUGAACCAGGAACCUGAAGGAGACACGGCCAAUGAGGACAGGGGGGCGGAGCAGGAGGAGGAGCAGGAGAGGGAGGCGGCGCCAUCGCAUGUUCAACAGCUGCAGGUGCAGCAGAGGAUCGAGGUGAUGGGCCUGCACCUUCCUGAAGCCCCGCCUCCGGACAGCGAUGAGGACGACGACCCAGAGGGGGCGGCGGCGCUGAGGAGCCGAGCCUCCAUCCCCAUGGACGCAGACCACGUGGAGCUGGUGAAGAGGACGAUGGCGGCGGUGGCGCUGCCAACUCUGGGCGUGCCGGCGUGGGCGCGUGAGAUUUCUGACGAUCAGUGGAAGGACAUGGUUGAGAACACGCUGCAGAGUCACCAGAGUGCCGGCGCUGUCAGACUCGGCCAUCGCCUCAGCAACAGCAACAACAACGGACCCUGAAUGCACCGCUGCAACAGCGCCAGAAACCUGCUGAGUCAUGUUUUUUUCAUUCUCAACAUUCAAAUCUGUGAUCACAGUGACAGACAGAUGUAAACAACAAGAAGACAAAAGUGUAAAUAACUGACAGACGAGACAAACUUAAAUACACAAGAUAACAAAUGUAAAUAAGUUGACUUUUUUUUUUUAAAACAAUGCGGUGAACAAGUGAGCAAAAAACGGACAGGAAACACACACACACACACAACAACAAUAAUAAUAUACGAUAAACAUCAGAGAAACGGUCGCAGCAGAUUUACCGUUUCAUGUAAACACACACACACUUUAUUUUGAAAGUGACAUCAAAUGAAGGCUUUUCUUUGGUGGGAACUUCCUGGAGCCCCUGAGGAUCACAUGUUAAGAUGACAUAUUCGUGUUUGUUUUGUUGUUUUAUAUAAUAAACACAGAGUCACAUGUUUAAAGUCACAUUCCGCCUUUUAUUACACGUUGUUACUGUUCUGAUUGUAAAUGUGUGAAAGAGACAGAGUCGAACUGUUCACUUCCUGUCUCUUCACUUCACUUCCUGUGUACAGACUGGUCAUGUGACCCUGUAAUUUAAUAAAACACCUAUGACCAUGA